UGAGGUGGUGGCAGAGCAGGCGGCAGCUGCCAGGGAGACGAGGCGCGGGACGCGCGGCCCGCAGACAGGCGGGGGAGUCGUCUUCUGCUGCCCCCACCCAGGCGGCCCGGGAGCCCCUCAGUCUGGGUGACGGACCCCUGGUCCGGCCGCCUCCUCUUGUCUUGGGCCUGCGGGGGGGGCAGGGGCCCACACUUGGGGGGCUGCAGAGUGGGGGGCGGGCACCGCUGACCGGAGAAGGGGCGCCGGGGCUGCGUCGAGGAGCGGUUCUCUCUCGCUCAGGAGGUGCCCCUGGGCAGGGAACCGGGAUCCUCACCCCCGAACUGCGGCGGAGGUUGCUGGGGGCGAGGAGGGCGAGUCGCCCUCUGCCCCCGCCGGCACCCUGGCCAUGACCGGCAAGUCGGUGAAGGACGUGGAUCGGUACCAAGCGGUCCUGGCCAACCUGCUGCUGGAGGAGGAUAACAAGUUUUGCGCGGACUGCCAGUCUAAAGGGCCACGAUGGGCCUCCUGGAACAUUGGUGUGUUCAUCUGCAUUCGAUGUGCCGGAAUCCACAGGAAUCUGGGAGUGCACAUAUCCAGGGUAAAAUCAGUUAACCUCGACCAGUGGACUCAAGAACAGAUUCAGUGCAUGCAAGAGAUGGGGAAUGGAAAGGCAAACCGACUUUAUGAAGCCUACCUUCCUGAGACCUUUCGGCGACCACAAAUAGACCCAGCUGUUGAAGGAUUUAUUCGAGACAAAUAUGAGAAGAAGAAAUACAUGGACCGAAGUCUGGACAUCAAUGCCUUUAGGAAAGAAAAAGAUGACAAGUGGAAAAGAGGGAGUGAGUCAGCGCCAGAGAAAAAAAUGGAACCUGUUGUUUUUGAGAAAGUUAAAAUGCCACAGAAAAAAGAAGACCCACAGCUACCUCGGAAAAGCUCCCCGAAAUCCACAGCUCCUGUCAUGGAUUUGUUGGGCCUAGAUGCUCCUGUGGCCUGCUGUAUUACAAAUACUAAGACAAGCAAUACCCUAGAGAAGGACUUAGAUCUUUUGGCCUCUGUUCCAUCCCCGUCUUCUUCAGUUUCUAGAAAGGUUGUAGGUUCCAUGCCAACUGCAGGGAGUGCUGGCUCUGUUCCUGAAAACCUGAACCUAUUUCCAGAGCCAGGAAGCAAAUCAGAAGAAACAGGCAAGAAACAGCUCUCUAAAGACUCCAUCCUUUCACUGUAUGGAUCCCAGACACCUCAAAUGCCUGCACAAGCAAUGUUCAUGGCUCCCGCUCAGAUGGCGUAUCCCACAGCCUACCCCAGCUUCCCUGGGGUUACACCUCCUAACAGUAUAAUGGGGAGCAUGAUGCCCCCACCAGUGGGCAUGGUAGCCCAGCCAGGAGCUUCUGGGAUGGUUGCCCCCAUGGCCAUGCCUGCAGGCUAUAUGGGUGGCAUGCAGGCAUCAAUGAUGGGUGUGCCAAAUGGAAUGAUGACCACCCAGCAGGCUGGCUACAUGGCAGGCAUGGCAGCUAUGCCCCAGACAAUGUAUGGGGUUCAGCCAGCUCAGCAGCUGCAGUGGAACCUUACUCAGAUGACCCAGCAGAUGGCUGGGAUGAACUUCUGUGGAACCAAUGGCAUGCUGAGCUAUGGACAGUCGAUGAAUGGAGGAAAUGGACAGGCAGCAAAUCAGACUCUCAGCCCUCAGAUGUGGAAAUAAAAGCUGUAUGGCUACCUGUAUGGCUACCACUCUCCUUGCCACCCUCACCCCUUAUCUUCUUUCCCCAACUUCCCCCACCCCACCCCUUUGUCCUACCUCUCUGUUUGGUUUAGAAAUUGCUCAAUCUGUUAUUUGGAGUCUGGCAUUCUGCCCAGCUCAGCCACUUCCCAAACACACAAACCUCUCUGUUGCUUUAUGUUGUAUAUGUCCCCCAGCCAUGCGGACUUCCUCUGUAGCCUCAGCCCCAGUCCUCUCCUGGCACCAGCACCUUUAGAAUUGUUAGCAGAAGGCACUUAAACUGGGAGAAAUUUGCACACCUUUAAGUACCUUUCCUGCAAGUUUAAACCUCCUCUCAGGCUCUCCAGAAGGUCUGUGGAUGUUGUGUUUUAGGCAAAGGGGAGGGUUCGGACGUCCUUCUAUAUGUGUUAAUAAACGAUUUCUAUGUGUAUAAGUUUCGGUUGUAAAGGGGGAGGCAUCAUGCUUCCCAUGAUUUAUGAGAAUGAAGAAAGUGCUGAAAUCAAAUUAAAUACUCCCUGGGUCUUAGAUCGGGUUGACCCUAGCCUUGGGAUGAGGAAAGCCCCCUCCUAUGAGGAUGAGCAAAAAUAUUAUUCUACUUUGUCCUGAAUUGCUUUCUGGAUCUGAGCCUUCAGGACUCAAUGCUUCAGCCAGCCUUUAUUAGCACCAAAGACUUUAUGAAGGUUACACACAAAAACACACACCCUUCCCCACCUCCAUCUUGCCUUCAGUCAGAUCUGGCUCCUUGGCUAGAGAACCAGCCCCUCCAGUGGGAAUGCAGAGUUUAAUGUGCGUGCUGAGUGUGUGUGUGUGUGUGUGUGUGUGUGUAUUCUACCUCCCACUCUCUCCCCAUCUGCUCUGAGGAUUUUUUGUUGUGUUUUGUUUUGUUUUAGUUUUAGGUUUACAACAGAGAGGAAUUAAUUUAUCAGCAGCCUAAAACUGUUCUUACAGUUUAAAAGGAAAAAAAAAAAAGCUGCAAUCUCAUUGAUAGCUCCCUUCCUCCUCCUUCUCCCAGUCUGCCAAUCACUCUUUCAUGCCUGUGUAUCACAGGCUGCUCUGUUUCCCCACCUCUCCCAGGUGUAUGAGGCAGAGAGCCUGGACAGCUUUCCUCUCAGUCGUUGUUAACCCCACUUGGAAUUAAAACGAGAACUUUGCUUAAAAGAUUUCAUUUGUGGGAACCACAGUUCCUGGUUGCCUUUCUCCUGUGUAUGUGUAAAUCCUAAAUAAAUAUUGCAGGGAAGGAC